AAAAUUUUUUCAUAAUAAUAGCAUAGCACUACUAAAAUGUUAUAAAAAUGGAUCAAAAUGAACGAAAUAAUGCAUUCGUUACAAAAUUAUACAUAAAUGGUCGAAAUAUUUACAUAAAAGUGUCGUGGAAAGAUAACGAAACGGACGUUUUUCGCUUAAAACUGUACGAAGGAGAACGCACUUGGUCCGGACGGUUUUCUGUCGAGUUUGCUGAGAAAUACAGGCAGUAUUUUGACGAAACUAAACCAGAAUACUUGAAAAAUGUUGAGCAGAGUUUAAAAGGUGACAGUGAUGAUUGUACCUACGCUUUUAGUGAGACCGGCGAUGAUGAGGCAACGUUCGUUUGGAAGAAGAAAUUUAUAGGUUCCACUGCUACUAGAAUCCACGGAUCGGUGUCCUUGAAACUGGAUACUCCUGAGUCCAAAGACGUUUUGAUAGAUUUCUUAUUGGAUGAAAAUAAGAGUUUACAGAAAGCCAUAUCGGAUUUUAAUGAGAAGGCCAACAUAUUGACCGGGGAGCUAAAUAAAUGCAAGCAGGAAAUGGAGAAAUAUGUAGACAUCAAGACCACUUUAGAGUCUGUAUUGUAUGGGAAGUUUGUUCAGAUAUUGAAUACUAAGAAGAGGAGAAUAGAGCUACUUGAAGAAAAUAUACAGAAGUUCACUCAAGGAAAUAAUGAUUAAACUGAAAAUAAAUUUAAAUGACUAUUAUCUGUGAUCUCUUUAACUAUAAACUGAUUGUGAGUUACUAGAAAGUUACUGGAGUGUCCCACAGUCAUAAAUAUGCCUAUAUACAUUUGCAUAUUAUUAUUAAAUUCUAAAUUACUAACCUACUACAUUCAUUGACUUAUAUAUUUAUCAAUAUCAUAUUACUUUAUAAAGAUAGCCGCCUUACAGUCACUAUGAAGUGGUGCCAGUUUGUUGGUGCAUAAAUCGCAUUUGGACAUGUUCACUCAGCAUUAUAUGAAUGGGGCCCUAUCUUAACUUUUGGAAUCUUUGCCCACAUCUGUAUGGACUAAACUGUAUUAUUCUGACUUCUUCAGUUUAGGAAUAGUACAUAGAUUUUUUGUUAUUGAUGUCUACAAUUCGUUGACUAUUGUUGAUAAUAAAGUAACAUUCAUCAAAGAUGUUAUGUUACCUAAUGAAAAAAAGGUUAUUUAAUAAGUGUGU